GUGUGGGUGUUUAAGUGAACACACUGCUCUCACGCACACAUGAAUGUGUGAUGACAGGACAUUCCUCUGAAGAUCAUUCUCCUGUGCAGUUCAGCAGGUUUGGGGGAAAAGGUGAAAUCAACUAUUCAUGAAGAUCUCCGGAAUCCAGGCAAGGGGGUGGAAGCUGCAGACAGCAGCUUUAUUCAUUACUGGAACUUUGUGCUUGAUCCUACUGGUGAGAACAUAUCUCCAGGACAUGAAUCAAGAUGAGCUUGCAGAAUAUGAAAGGAAUCUGGAAAGCGAAGCUGGGACGCCUCAAGCUUUUCCAAGUUUACCUCCCAAAUGUGAACAGAGCUCAUCUGCUUCCAAUAUCAGUGGAUUUUCCUCCUUGCCCCAACACAUUCAAGACUUCCUGUAUUACCGCCAUUGUCGGCAUUUCCCAAUGUUGCUCAAUGUUCCUGACAAGUGUGGGGGUCCCGAGAAGUCUUCAGACGUGUUUCUUUUGUUGGUCAUCAAGAGUUCUCCACCUAAUUACGACAGACGGGAGGUGUUGAGGAAAACAUGGGCUGCUGAGAGGCUGCAGAACGGCGUCUGGAUUCGUACCGUGUUUAUAUCCGGGACUGCUGGACAGAGCUUUGAGAAGCAGAGGCUGAACAAACUCCUGGAAGUGGAAAACCAUGAGCACAAGGACAUUCUGCAGUGGGACUUUCAUGAUUCCUUCUUCAACCUAACACUCAAGCAGAUCCUUUUCUUGGAAUGGAUGGAGAAAUUUUGCCCCAACGCCCACUUCCUGCUCAACGGGGAUGAUGACAUUUUCGCCAACACAGAUAACAUGGUGGUGUAUCUCAGAGGGUUGGGUGAUGAUGGUGCCAACAAACACUUGUUUACUGGCUACCUGAUCCAGAGUGCUGAACCGAUCAGGAAUUCAGCCAGCAAAUAUUAUGUCCCGGUUCAAGUUCAGGAAUCUGAUAGAUAUCCUCCCUAUUGUGGCGGAGGAGGCUUCCUGCUUUCACGUUUUACUGCCAGGACCAUCUACAAUACGUCUCACUCCAUCAAUAUUCUGCCAAUAGAUGAUGUUUACAUGGGAAUGUGUCUGGAGAAAGCUGGCCUGAAACCUUCUUCCCACAUGGGCAUUCGGACAGCCGGCCUACACAUUCCCUCCAAGGUGCUGGACCCUUAUGACCCUUGCUAUUACCGUGAAAUGAUCCUAGUUCACAGAUUCCUGCCUCAUGAAAUUUAUAUCAUGUGGUACGAAGUCCACCAGCAAGAUCUCAAAUGUGGAAAAACCCUUACUGUUCAUGAAUCAUGACUCUUGAAAGCUUCUGCAUGAAUGUAUUUAACAGACACUUUUAUCCACAGCAAUUUACAGUAUAGAGAUGGUGUGCAUGUGUGCAGGCAUAACAUGUUCGAUAAACACCUGUCCUCAGACUGGAUGGUUGGAAAAUCAAUAUUGAUAUAAUAGCUACUCCAGAACAUGUUGCACAUUUUUGUUCCUGGUCUUUUGUGCUCACAGCAUUUUUUGAACAACCUUUUGUCUAAAAAGCCUACAAAGAGAAAUACUGAUAAAUACACAUGUAGCUCCUUAUGGCGAUGUGAGUGUGCUGCAACAGCAGCUAUUACUGUUCUUUUUAUAUACAACACUUCCGGAGUGAGAGUCCGGUGAGUAGCUCACACCGUGAUAACCAUUAAAAUGCAAUUUAUCAUACAGCUGUAGUGUACAUUGGGAUCUUUUCCAGAGUGUGGGAACAAUAUUGUAGAAUGUUUUCAUAAAUAAUGUAUCACACAAUGUUGGGAUUAAACCUGUUUGUCUUAAUAUUUUAAGUGUGUUUUCAGUGACGUGAAAAAUGCAAACAUGAAAAAUAAAACCUCUUUUACUUCAUUUGA